CUCGAGUCGGACAAGAACUGGUGGCCGAUACGCACGUUCAUGUUUUCAUGUUUUUCAAAUUCCACCACCGAGUCAAUCACCAUCUGCCAAACGAAUGUUCUUCUACCCUAGGUGACUAUUCUAGACUUAGUCCAUCUAGAUCUAGCUACCUACGUAAAUUCAACCAGCAACAGCAAUUGCGACGGGACCAGCUCAGGAACAACAAGUUGCCGCUUCGGUUCGAGUAUUGUCACCCUACUGGUGUUGGUACGGUACGGCACCUACGUCGUUGCGGUCACACAUACCUAGGGACCGGAACGGCCAAUUUUUCAUUCUCAAUCUGCACAUGACUAUACGCGAUAUAGUGGCCAGGUUCCGGCACUAACUUACUGUCUUGUUUGCGUUGAUUUUGGUUUUGUUUCUACUGAUUUGCCUCAGUCGCCCUUUUCUGCCAAGUAUCUAUCUGUUCAUGACUAUCGAACCACGCGGAACCAGUAUCUGCAGGUUCCCGGCGAGCUUGCUCCCAUCUACCUGCAUAGCCAUGCCAACCUGAACCACUUGCACCCCGCGAUCUGGGCCGUUUCUACAGAGCGCGUCUCUGGUCGUCUGUCAUCGCCAUCUCCCAAAACUACCGAGAGAAAUCUUAAUAUCUAUUAUCACAGUCCAUCCAUACCUUGGUUCGACACUUUCAACCAUCUGCGGUGCGACCGCCACCCUCCACCCCUCGCUGUGGACCCCCCAUUGGCCCAUUGUGGCAUUUCCCCUAGUCGUCUUGUCCUGUUGUAGAUUCCAGGGGCAGCUGCGAACGGUCCGGUCGCACGAACGACGGCUUGUAGCUUAGUCGAGAGGCGCUGUGCUUUGGCAGUCCACAGACGAUGGCAUCUGCCGCCUUGCCUUCCCGUGCAACAGCAACCCUCAUCUUGGAUGAUGCCGAACAACUGAAACCCAGAUCUCUCUCGAUCGGCAACAUGUUCCAGGGCCAAGAGCCGACCCCUCCUCAUACAAUCAAGCAGGAGGACUCGGAUAGAGCUCGCCCCCGCAGCCAGUCGCACGACUUGGACGAAGAUGAAAAGCGCGAGCUCAAGCAAGUAACGCCCGAAGAUGGCGCGCAAGAUCCCGAGAAUUCGUCACAUUCCGACGGCGGACCGGCUCGAAAACGUAGAAGAAGCCGCAAGGGCUUGGAUAAAAAGUUUGAGUGCUCCGAGGAGGGCUGUGGAAAGAGUUACUCUCGGGCUGAGCAUCUAAUCCACAACAGCUACCGUCAUCAGCUGAACCAUGCGCCCAAGAACAUAUUCUACUGUGGCAUUGGCGACUGUACCCGCAGUUUUGUCAGACAGGACCUCUGCAACCGUCACAAGGACCGUCACACUGCCAAAGGAUCAUCCCUUAAUCGCAAAGACAGAGAUGGCUUCAUGCCUCAACCCAGUUCGCCUUUUGCCACAGGAGUCAACAGCGCGUUUCCCGUUCCCAGCCCUACUUCCCCCAUGGAUCGCCGGCGAAGUAUUCCUUAUCCUAAUGCGGUUCCACAACAUGUCCAUUAUGGUUCCGCAAAUCCCUCCUUUGGUCAGCAAACCACUGUGUCUCCAUCGACCUACUCACCGACCAUCCGCCAAAACCCUCUAGGAUACACACAGCCCCCAGUCACGUCUACUCAGGCUCAACCCCACUCUCUACCCCUUCAUUCGUCUCCAGGAGGUCAUCCUCGACGGCCGAACGUGCCGCCUGAUGGGAGUCCAUACGGGGUGCUGUCACCAAUAUCCACACAUAACGGGUUUUAUAGCCAUCAAAACACUCCGCAAACACAAAUCUUUACCGCGCAAAACAACUUUCCACCUCUGGAUUUGUCACCAACAUCCAUGUCUCAAGCAACUUCACCGGUCAUUCCUCCGGAGUUGGGCCAAGGCACGCCUUUCGCCGCCGCCUGCCAGCCGGACUACGCGGAGCAAGUAGGACAGCAGCGAGGGAGCGACCUGAUGAUGCUUGAUCAGAUGACCAUGCCUCAAACAAUGCCAGUUUUCGGGAGUGACAAUAUAUACCACAAGUCACCCUAUGCUGGUAUGCCUGAGGACUUCAUGGCAUAUCUGUUCAACACAGGAGGCAGUCAGCCCAGCGACUCUCCACAGGGUCGGAUGGCACCGACUCCACGAUUCAGCCACUAUGGUGAAUUUCACAACCAGUACAGCAUUCCUUACGAGCCGUCACAGCUUGGUUUCUUCCCUCAGCAAGUAAUGUCUGUUACGAGCCUGCUCGACCAAAAUCUCCCCGAGUCCGUCAUCUCCGAAGAAAAGAGCAGCGAACUCUUUGAAUAUAUCAAAGAGAGAUUUCACGGUAUCGAAUCUGCCCCUGUCGAGCGACAAAAGGAGAACAUCGUCGAGGGAGAUCGGUCUCAACCUUCCCACAUGCUCAGCCGGCAAAUGAUGCAAGCAUACAUCAUGUCGUACUGGUUGCACGUUAGCGAUCAGGUUCCGAUUUUGCACAAGCCCACUUUCCAACCAGACAAGGCCCAAAACCUACUCCUAAUUGCUGUCAUGAUGAUCGGCGCUGCUUGCCUUGACAAGGAACAUGGGCCCAAAAUCAGAACUGCCGGAGCGCAGCUAUCGAAUUUCCUCGCGUGGGACCUACGGUGGGCACUGUUUAGGGACUCUCAAAACUUUGGACCACCUGCCAAACUCUGGGUGUUCCAGUCAUUGCUGCUCCUGGAGAUGUACGAGAAGAUGUAUUCGACGAGGCAGUUGCACGAGCGAGCGCAUAUUCAUCAUGCAACAACCAUCACAUUGAUGCGUCGCGGCAGGUCUCUCCUUGGGAAGUCGGCACUGGACUCGCCGCCGACUGCGCAGCAUGGCUCGCGUCAAUCUUCGACCUCGGGGGUUGCACAUACUCCAGAUGAGUGGUGGAAUCACUGGAUAACUAACGAGUCCACCCGUCGCGCCGCUUUUGCCGCAUUCUUGAUCGACUCGAUUCACGGCACCAUCUUUGGCCACAAUGUGGUUAUGGUCGCACACGAAAUGCGUCUUCCACUGCCAUGCGAUGACAAUCUCUGGAAGGCGACCAGUGGUGCCGAAGUAGGCAGGCUCGAGGCCAACCUGCAGUCAAACAACAUCAAGCCAAUCUCAUUCCUCGAAGGCCUGAGGCGAACGCUUGGCAACCAGCCCGUUCAGACGAACGCGUUCGGGCGCACAGUGUUGAUUGCCGGUCUUCUUAAUGUCAGCUACCACAUGAACCAGCGAGACCUUCAGGUAUACUCAUUGGGCCGGCCUGCUUUGCAAUCUUUGGGCGGAAGGGAAAAGUGGCGGCAAGCUCUCAGACAGGCCUUUGACGUUUGGAGGGAUGAGUUCGACAAGGCCAUAAAGAGGGGUGACAUACCAUCCGAGGUCUACCUGUAUGGCCAGGACAAGCACAGCGAGGCCAACGUCAUCUUUGAGGGUCGUACGGUGCUUCACAGCCUGGCCCACAUGGCGAUGCAUGUGGAUAUUGUUGACUGCCAGAUAUAUGCCCGUGCAAAGAGGUUGCUUGGGCGACCAAUAGGCACCCAAGACCUGAACAGCUCUAAGCGACGGAUGAAGGAUACUUGGGCGCCAUCUGCCCAUGCCAGGGAUGCGGUUUAUUACGCCCUUCAAUUUCUAUCGUCCGUCCUCAUGCCCGCAAAGCCCACCUCCCCGCCCAUGCAACCUCCUGUGGGCCACCAGACGCCCGAGGAGCCAUACUCGCCGCAAGCCGAUGUACUCAUGCAUCGGCCCUGGGUGCUCUACAUCGCAGGUCUCAUAGUUUGGUGUUACGGCUUCGCAAUAGAAGGCCCUUGCGUCGACUACGUCGUGGCGCCAACCAAAGAGGGGCGCAUAACUCAGAUGCAAGAGUACUUGCGGAAGUACGCGAGCGUUGAUACGCCUGAGAUGCUCAGCGAAAAGCGUGGCAUGAACGAGAACACGGCACUCUUGAUGGUGCUUAGAGACUCCUUUGAGAUGACACGGUGGGAACUUCUUCAUGAAGGUGCAACGCUGCUCAAUAACUGUGUUCAGCUGAACACCGGAGUGCUUGUCUAAAGUCUCACGGAGGACAUGAGACAGUUGCUUUUGUGUGUUUGUGCCGGCUUGUACAUUUGUGGUAGACUGCAGCGCUCCUUUCCGCCUGACAAAAGUAAAUAUCUCAUUUUCCAUGUUGCAAGCAUUUGAACACCGACUUUUCGAUAUCUUUUUGGAGCUGUGUCGGCUCAAUCUUCUGGCUAUAUCAGUGAUAUGUAAAUUGUAAAUAAUCUAGAUACCCACUUUCUUUCUCUUUGCUCUCCGUAUUCUCUGCCGGUAACAUGGUUGAUAUGACGAAACUAAGUGAUCUUACAACCCAAAAAGAUUCGCAACUAGUUCUAGGUAGUGAUACCACACUCUGUCCAAGUGGCAAUCCGAUGAAUUUGUAAAUUUGUACAAGGUAUCAGUGUGUAUAUCGGUGUCUAUAUGGGCUCCUAUCGUAUAACAGCCGCCGAGACGUAUCCAGAGGAAUACAUCCUAUAGUUGCUGGGAAAUUGACAAGAUGCCAAGACACAGUGCAAAAGAGUAUUGACAACGAGUCGCUGAUGAGACUAUAGCUGCGCCGGAUGUUGGCGUUUUCCUGACUGUUGGCAGUAGCGUCCUUCAAGAGACCAUUAUAAGUGCCUACGAAGAACCUUAAAAUCCGAGGGGGUUUUGGUUGAUAAUCCUCAGAUUAUGCACUUCACUCUUGAGCCAAAACACAUCAUUGGCCUCUUUGGUGCAUUUGCAGCCCUGGCUGGUGUUGUGGUGGUUGAUGAGCCUGGUACUGAUGAUGUUGUGGUUGAGAAAGAUGUGCUUGCUGAGGAUGAGGUGCAAGUGCUGGUACACCCAAUGGUGGCAUCUGCUGUGGUUGUUGGUGGUGAUGGUGUUGCUCGUGCAGUUGGGGCGGCAUUGGGUUUCCGGCCUGGGUUAUUGGGGGUUGAAACAUGGGCAUCCCGUAUGCCCCGCCGCCGCCUAUACCCAUACCGCCAACCGUUGGGUGGUACAUGCCAUUCGGGGGCGGCAUCAUGAAGUUUGCAAUUUCAGGCAUCAUACUGAUCCAGUCCAUGUCCAUUGGAGUGAAAUCCAUUUGAUCGUCCGACUGUUGGCUGUCAUGGAAUUGGUUCAUGCCAUCAAAUCCGCUAUAUAUUCCAGGAUUAUCCAAGGAUAUUGUGGAACUGAUCCCAACGGCGCCUUCUGCUGACGUCAUGGGUGGAGGAAAUUGUAACUGAGGUUGUUGUUGCUGGUGUUGUUGCUGUUGUUGGAGGUGCUGCUGCUGCUGCUGCUGCUCAUGCUGUUGAUAUGUUUGCUGUUG